GAGUAUAUACACGUUGGUGUGAAUCUGCCCACCCCUGUGUGUCUGUACGUUUGCCUACACCCCCGGGUGUCUGUGUGUGUGUGUGUGUGUGUGUACACGUGUUAGAAGGCAGACACCCACAAACGAGGGCUGCAAAUCCAGUGGAGUUUCAGAGUGAAGUCAGAAGGCAGAGCAGACAGGCACACACAAUUGCAAGGAGCAGGCAGGGUCACCUACUCGGGUGUGGUUUGAAUCCCAUCAUGUACUUCCGUUUGUGCUUGGUUUUGGCCAUCAUCAUCGGGGUCUCAGAAGGUCAGAAGCGACGCCCCACAACGGAUGAAUGGGACUACAAAGACGGAUCGGAUAAGGUCAGCAUGAGAGGAGUCGCCAAUCUGACUCAGGUCCUGGACAACUGGCGGUAUGACAUCCUCACCCAGAUGAAGAAUAUGCUUCAGAAUGACCACAAGUCUCUGCUGCCAGACUAUGCGAGGAUUGAACCUCUCUCCGAGGCCCUGAAUGACCUCUACAAAGAGUUUAACGCCCUCAAGGAACGUCUGGGGGAGCUCAGUGAGAAGUUUACCCCAAUUGAGACCUUCAUAGAAGAGGCAAAGAAAACCCAAGUGCCUAAGAAGAAAACCAUCAUCCCUAAGAAGAAGACGACUGCCUGAGGACUUCUUCUCUCUCUCUCUCUCUUGCUCUCCCCCUCUCUCUCUCUCUCUCUCUCUCACCCCCUCUCGUUUAACACCCACCCCCAAUAAAACCUAAGAUCCCACCACCAAUCAAGCAGA